AUGGCUGAAUCAAUCGUUUCCAGCUAUGGAUUCGCCGCCACAGCACUGGUUGUUGCUUGUGCUGGCCUUCUUUAUUGGCAUCUUCUGCCAAAGCCAUUGCAAGGUAUUCCAUACAACAGGAAAUCAGCCACACGCCUGCUGGGAGAUCUCCCAGAUAUGCUGAAGUGGUCAUCGAGCACUGGAGAGCCGUUCUAUUUCUUGCCGAAGCUGUGCCAGGAUCUUGCGUCGCCGAUUGUCCAAGUCUUUCUCUUUCCUGGGACGAAGCCUUGUGUGGUACUUGCUGAUGGGCAAGAAGCAUACGACAUCAUGCUCCGACGCACGAACGAGUUCGAUAGAUCGCCCUUUUUCGCCGAUACUUUUCGCGCCUGGCUGCCAAAUUCACUUCCUGCUCUGGCCUCGAAUGAGGAGUGGAAGCAUCAGCGUCGGAUCUUUUCUGACACGAUGGCGCCUUCGUUCCUGCAAAGGGUCAAUGCUCCUCGAGUGCACGAAGCUUAUACACAGCUCUUGGAUCUAUGGACGAAGAAGGUGGAAAUAGUAGGUGACGCUCUUGUGGAUGUUGACAAGGACAUUCUGUAUGCUACGCUUGAAGCGCUCUGGGCCUCGAAUUUCGGACGGUCCUCCGGAGCAUUGAAGUUGCAAGCUGAGAAUUUUUCGUUGCCCUGGAAGACCGAUCCUGUGACUGGUGCAGUGGUCUUCCAGGAUGCGAUGUUGCCGGACGAAGUUGCGUGUACGAUCGUACUGCCGAACAGUUCGCAGAUUGCGAUCAAUUCACCGUUUGGAGUGGCACACCAAAUAAUCGCUGUUGCUGUGGUGCCAAAGCUGAGAAAAGCGAUGAAGGCGAAGAGAAGACUCGUGGAUACGGAAAUUGCAGCGGCAGUGCGACGACUGGCGGAGAAAGAGAAGGAUGCAGAUGAUAUGACCUGCGCUGCAGAUGUGAUGAUCAGCAGAGCUCAGCGUUUGGGCGAAGGGUUAUACUCGUCUGCCAUGCGGGACGACGUCUUCACAUAUAUCGUGGGAGGCUUCGACACCACUGCCACCACCAUUCGCUGGGGAGUGCUACUACUCGCAGCACAUCAGAAUGCCCAAAUCAGACUACGCACUGCAAUCGAGCAGGUACACGGGUUAUCGAGUGUUCCAAACACUGAAGCGAUCAUUCGAGCAUCGAUGCCCUAUCUCGACGCCGUCAUCGAAGAAGUCAUCCGACUAGGCGAUCCAGUUCCAGCAAAUAUGCGGGUCGCGACGUGCGAUACUCAAGUCCUAGGAUGUCAUAUUCCAAAAGGCACCGAGGUCAUCUUUCCCACUUGGGGGCCUACGCAUACUUCGCCCGGAUUUCCAGUGAACGAGAAGAUGAGGAGUUCAACCAGUCAAGAGCAUGGCGGGAAGAUCGGGUCGUGGGAUGAAAGUGAUAUGCAUGAAUUCAAGCCCGAGAGAUGGCUUAAGCAGGAUCGCAAUGGCCAAGAGGCUUUCGACCAGUUUGCUGGACCUGCCAUCGUCUUCGGGGCAGGAGCAAGAGGCUGUCUGGGAAAGAAAUUGGCUCUACUGCAGAUGCGGAUUUUCUUCACGCUUGUGUUCUGGCAAUUCGAAUUCUUGCCUACUGAUGUCAAGAUGCAGGCGAAGCAAACCGUGACAAGAAGGCCGAAGAAUGUGUUUGUGAGGAUGAGGAAGUUGAGGUGA